AUAUCACGGACACCGUAAGAGGCACCAUUUCUCGCAUGCACAGCAGAGUACUCAAUUCUGGUAUUAUCUUGUUGAUUCCAAGCUAUAAAUACAAACGCCUUUCCCGUAUGAAAUGGAAGUUUUACCAAUCCAAGACAGUAAUUCAAUUCACACCCAUCAUUACACACAACACAAUAACACACUCAACUCCACCAUCAACAAACACAUACAACAAUCAAACCCCCUCAAUCAUUCACAAUGCCUUGCACCUGGCUCAUCACCGGAACCACCUCUGGCCUUGGAGAAGCCUUGGUCCGCGACGUUCUCUCUCGUGGCGACAAUGUCAUUGCUUCUGGCCGCAAGGUCGAGGAACGACUUGGCCCUCGCAUUGCCAAGUCAGAGAGCCUUGCAUUUCUCGAACUGGACAUCACGGCAUCCCAGCAGACGAUUGAUGCGCAAGUCAAGAAGGCUUGGGAAAUGUUUGGAUCGAUUGACGUGUUGGUCAACAACGCUGGUCGCACCGGCUUCAAGAGCGCCGAAGAGGCAGACGACACCUACAUCGAUCAAAUGUUCCAAGUGAACUUGUUCGGGCAAAUGCGCAUGACACGCGCCAUCUUCCCAUUCUUCCGCGCCCAGGGCCAUGGUUGCGUCGCCUUCACCUCAUCGAGUUCAGCCUGGGGACCGCUUCCAUUCAUGUCGCACUACGCAGCCUCUAAAGCGGCACUGAGUACCUAUGUUGAAGCCUUGCACAAGGAAGGCAUGCCGCUGGGCAUUCGAAGCGUUGCCAUCGAGUGUGGUGGAAUGCAAACUUCUUUGGGGCAGCCGCGCGAAGAAGGCGAGCAAACAUUUGUGCAGCCUGCUGUUGCUGGCUAUUUGCCCCUGUUCGGCGAACUGAUGGAUUGCUUUGUUAAAUCCGGCAUGGACAUGAUGCCAGGAGACGUGGAGAAAGUUGCCAGGAGCAUGGUGGAUGUCAUCACCAGGAAGGGUGUCGCUGCAGGACGACCCUGGACUGUCCGUGUCCCAUUGGGCUCAGAUGGAUGGGGCUAUGCUGCAAAGAAGUGCGAGGAACAUCUGCAGGUGCUGAACGACUGGAAAGAGGCCAGCUUCAACACAGAUCGUGACGGAGCGGCGGCGACGGCGACAACGCUCACGCACAAGUUUACAACCUUGGUCAACCUGGAAUAG